AUUCAUCGUUAAUUACUGUCAAGGCCGCUAUGAUCGGCUGGGAGCAUUUACCAGUAUUUUUUCUCGAAAAUGUAAUGAUUUACUUAAGUUUGAGUGACUUUUUAAAGGGCGCAUUAACAUGUAAAAGUUGGUUCUCCGUUUUUGAGGAUGAAAAUUCCGAAGUAUGGCGUUAUCUCUGCAGCAAGAAAAUGAACGAGGAAAUAAUGAAAUCUGACAUUUGUAUGAAUUUACCAACUUAUAAAUCAAAAUUAAGAGCUUGCUACUACGCUUGGAACCCAUUAGACUGUUCUAGGAAUAUGUAUGUAAAAGCCAAUAAUUUUACAAUACAUAGAAAUCCUGUUGCUCAGAGUACAGACGGGUGUAGGGGUAAAUUUGGAGCCACCUAUGGUCGACAUUGCUGGGAAAUUUGGUGGGAAGGACCCUUAGGAACAGUUGCUGUAGUUGGAGUAGCCUUAAAGCAAGCAGUUAUGCAAUGCCACGGCUACAUUCCUCUCUUAGGAAGUGAUAAUAAUAGCUGGGGUUGGAAUAUAGUUGACAAUCAUAUUCUACACAACGGUAUAAUUCAGGGUAACUAUCCAGCUUUAAACAAUGCUCCAAAAUAUCAAGUUGGAGAUAGGAUAAGAUUAAUGGUAGACUGUGAAAAGAGAACUGUUCAUUUUGAAAAAAAUUAUGAAUUCUUAGGAGUUGCAUUUAAAGGGCUACCAGAAGGUGUUAGUUUCUUUCCAGCAAUAUCUGCCGUUUAUGGAAAUACAGAAGUAUCUAUGGUUUAUUUGGGACCACCACUAGAUGGAUGACUUAAACAAAGAAUCGUUCAACUGAAAUGUAGUCAACUAUAUUUUCUUAUAUACGUAUUUUUUAUUAUUAUUGAUUAGAUAUAGAGAAAGUUAUAUGAAUCUACACAACGUAGUAGUGUUUACUUUUGUAAUGUUCCAAUCUAAGUCAAUUGUAUGUAUAUAUAUUUUUUUGUCUAUUUACACUAAUAACUUGGUGUUUCUUUUUAUGACACAAAUCAUCCGAAGAUUCCAUUUUAUUUACAUUUUUGAUAAUAGGACAAAAAAAAUAAUACAAACGCAUUUAGCACAUGAUGAUUGCUAGCUUUCGUUUAAAGGGCUAGUAAUUAUUCCAAAUUACCUCAGUAUUGCAGACAAAGUGUCGAUAUAAUGAAAAUAUAUUGAUAUAUCAUUUUUUUAAAAGCAACUUUUGUCUACCUGAUUGUUAUUUGUUAAUAAAUCAGUUAUGAAAUUUA